UCCCUCAAUCCUCAUCUGCUCUCUCCAAGCUGUCCAAACCCCCCUUCCUUCUAAAAGCUCCACACCACUGUGAGAGAGAGAGGGCGAGGAGAGAGAGAGCGCGCGCAUCGCAACAAGCACCAAGCUGGCCAGCUCCAGAGGCUCUCCUACAGCUGCAAGCCUGCAACCUCCAAACAUCCAAUCCAAGCCUCCUGCACCUCUGUCAGUCCUAGCUCCAGGCAAAAAUCGUUGGCUUCUGCUGCUCCUCCUCCUCCCACUCCCACGACGUUCCACACGACAUGAUCGCAUUGCAGGUUCCUUCAGAAUUCAGCUGUCCUCGCACGCUACUGACACCUUCUCGCUGCCUGCCUGCGCACAACCGAAAGAGCCUCUCCUUUGCUUUCUCGGAAAGAUUUGGCGAUUUCUUGUAAAGUUGCAUCUCUCUGUAUCUCAUCGUUUAGCGUUGGGUCUGAUAGAUAUAGAUUGGGGUGACUUGUUCCACUUCAGAGUGAUUGUUUCUUCGUGAGGAGCGUGGAGCCAUGGGGAAGAAGGGCAAGUGGUUCCGCGCGGUCAAGAAGGUGUUCAGUCCUGAAUCCAAGGAGAAGAAGGAGGAGAGACUGAGGAAGAAAUCAGCAGCUAGCAUCCCAACUCCACCAGAUCUGACCCCAUCUGCUUCUCUGGAAGUCAAUGUUUCGGUGCCGCCCCCUCCUGCUCAUCCAACUCUUCACCAGACUGAGGAGGAGGUCAAGGUCCCUGAAGCUGAGGAAGAGCAAAGCAAGCAUGUUACUCUGGAGGCGGCCCCUGCUGCCUCUGCACAGACGUCGGUAUUGCCACCUGGUGUAUCAAGGGAAGAGUUUGCUGCAAUCAAGAUCCAGACCGCCUUCCGAGGUUACCUGGCAAGGAGGGCGUUAAGAGCCCUGCGGGGACUUGUUCGAUUGAAGUCAUUGGUUGAGGGUAAUUCAGUUAAGCGUCAAUCUGCAAGCACUCUGCGCUGUAUGCAGACUCUAUCACGGGUGCAGUCACAAAUACGUUCUAGGAGGGCCAAGAUGUCUGAGGAGAACCAGGCCCUCCAGCGUCAGCUCCUACUGAAACAGGAAUUGGAGAAUUUCAGGAUGGGUGAGAACUGGGAUGAUAGCACUCAAUCCAAGGAGCAAAUCGAGGCGAGCCUAAUAAGCAGGCAAGAGGCGGCAAUAAGAAGAGAAAGAUCGCUCGCAUAUGCAUUUUCACAUCAGUGGAAGAGCACUUCAAGGUCUGCCAACCCAAUGUUUGUAGACCCAAACAACCUACAGUGGGGCUGGAGCUGGCUGGAGCGCUGGAUGGCAGCAAAGCCUUGGGAGGGACGCAAUGGGACUGACAAGGAGAGUAACAUUGAUCGCGGAUCCGUGAAGAGCAUGAGCUUGAACGUUGGAGAGGGUGAGAUCACAAAAGCCUUCAACCGUCGGGACUCCAAACCAGACAAGCCAUCACCAACAACUCCAAAACUGGCCCGUCCAGCCUCCAGGCAAUCCCCUUCGACGCCUUCUGCUAAAGUGACUCCAAUCCCUGCGAGGAAGAAAUCCGCCACGCCAAAGAAUGGGCUCUCACAGGUGGACGACGACGUGAGGAGUGUGUUCAGUGUGCAGUCCGAGCGACCAAGGAGGCACAGUAUAGCCACCUCCACGGCGCGGGACGAUGAGAGCCUUGCAAGCUCCCCAUCACUCCCAAGCUACAUGGUUCCCACAGAAUCUGCAAGGGCCAAGUCCCGCCUCCUUGGCACGGCGGUGACCAAUGGCACAGAGACACCGGAGAAAGGAGGCUCUGCUGGAUCGGUCAAGAAGAGGCUGUCCUUCCAAGCUGGAAUGGCGUCUGACUCACCUAUGAGACGGCAUUCUGGUCCACCCAAGGUGGAGAGUAUGGUGAAGAACAUUGUUCCACAGCCGGAGGCCAUUGUAAUCAAUGGUGGAAAGAAGUGACUCAUAUGACAAAUGGCGAAGAGCAAUGGAUUCUGCAGAUAUAUUUCAUCCACGAACAAAGGUUAAAAUUAUAUCAGCUGUAUCAAGUAUUGGCAUUUGUUUUUCCACAUUACAAUCACAUUGUUUUGAUGUAGGAGAAGAUUUGCAGCGUCUGUCAGUUCAUCUCAUUUGUUGUUUGUGUAAAACUAUAUCGAUUUAUCUCUGCAACCUUUAUGUCUGUAUGUAAACAGGUGUUCUAUUUAUGCGAGGCAAAUAUUUGUUUCAUGUA